AUGCGUCCUUCGCUACUCGUGUCGGCGGCGGUGCUUUGCCUUGCGACCUACGAUAGUGCCGUUGCCGCCGCUUCGACGUCCAACAACCUCCUGAAGUCUGGUGAGACAUCGUCUGUGCUGGCCGACCACGACGCGGUCGCUGCGGACACGGACCCCAAGCACCAGCGCUUGCUACGCCACUUGGAAGCCGAGGACCCUGAGAUCCCGGCUUCAGAACCCGCCGUCAUGGCCAGCAACGUCACGGACGCUUCGCCCAGCAACUAUCUGCCAUCUCGCAAGAGCAACACGGCCGUCGACAACUCUGACACCAUGGACAGCUUCGACAGCUCUGAUUUCUCGAGAAAAAAAAGGGGAACUUUUGAAGGAUAUGCGGCAGCCUUCGGAGAUUAUGCGUAUGGAAAGACGUACGCAAAGUGGAUGCACACUGACAAACUCACACGAGCCCAAACGAAAGCGAAGCUGUAUGAUUCCGGUCCAUUUUCUAUUGCUUCCAACCCCUUGGAAACGAUCAAGCGAACGGGCUACAUUGGCUAUCUCGACAAAGAAUGCGCGCUCCCUGAAAAUAACGGUCAGCCGGCGUGUGCGUAG